UUCACAGGGUGGCCAGCUAAUGUUUAGCGUUAGCGGCACUUAGAGCACAGCUCUGACAAAACAAGCUAAACAUGCAGCGAACUCUUGAAAAGUGACAUGCAUUUGUGGCCACUGGCAAGUCUUUGUUAGCGUCAUGGGGAGCUCACCUGCUGUUUUCUCUGCAUGUGUAUGUGUGUGUGUGUGUGUGUGUGUGUGUGUGUGUGUGUGUGUGUGUACAGAGGUGUGUGUGUUUACAGAGGAACUCUCGACCGCACCUGGAGAUACCCUGAUGUUAAGGCAUGCUGGAGGAGAGACGAGUGUGUUGGUGAGAACACCUAAUGAGUGCGGUGUGGCCGGGCGAUGGCGGCGAGAUGGCUGAGGACGUUAGUGCCGUGGAGAGGAGGCUGGACGCCACGCAGGAAACAAGGUUGCGUAGAAGAAGAGAGGCAUGUCAGAGCCAAUGACCGAGUUUACAAUGAGAAGUUCUCCUACGCAGACAACCGAAUCAAAACCUCAAAGUACAACAUCUUCACCUUCCUGCCCAUCAACCUGUUCGAGCAGUCCCAGCGGGUGGCCAACGCCUACUUUGUAGUGCUGCUGAUACUGCAGCUGAUUCCAGAGAUCUCCUCGCUGUCCUGGUUCACCACCAUAGUGCCCCUGGUGAUGGUGCUGACCAUCUCCGCCGUCAAAGACGCCACGGACGACUAUUUUCGCCACAAGAGUGACCAGCAGGUCAACAACCGCCAGUCUCAGGUCCUCAUCCAGGGAAAGCUGCAGAAUGAGAAGUGGAUGAAUGUUCGCGUGGGAGACAUCAUCAAGCUGGAGAAUAAUCAGUUUGUCUCUGCUGACCUCCUCCUGUUGUCCAGUAGUGAGCCGUAUGGCCUGUGCUACAUCGAGACGGCAGAGCUGGACGGGGAAACCAAUCUAAAAGUCCGGCAGGCCCUGACUGUGACUUCAGACCUGGGAACGGAUAUCUCCAAACUUGCCCAGUUUGACGGUGAGGUGCUGUGUGAGCCGCCCAAUAACAAGCUGGACCGCUUCACGGGGACGCUGCUGUGGAGCGGCAGCAAGCACCCACUGGACAACGAGCGCAUGCUGCUGAGGGGGUGUGUCCUCAGGAACACCGACUGGUGCUUCGGCCUGGUGCUGUUUGCUGGACCCCAAACCAAGCUGAUGCAGAACUGUGGGAGGAGCACCUUCAAGAGGACCAGCAUAGACAAACUGAUGAACACAUUGGUGCUAUGGAUCUUCAGCUUCCUGGUCUGCAUGGGCAUCAUCCUGGCGCUGGGCAACACCAUCUGGGAGGUGCAGGUGGGCGGAGCCUUCUGGGCGUCGCUGCGCUGGGGGCGGGGCAACUCCGUCUACUCCGGCUUCCUCACCUUCUGGUCCUACAUCAUCAUCCUCAACACCGUCGUGCCCAUCUCCCUCUACGUCAGCGUGGAGGUGUUGCGUCUGGGCCACAGCUACUUCAUCAACUGGGACAGGAAGUUGUUCUACGCGCAGCGCAACACCCCUGCGGAGGCGCGCACCACCACGCUGACGGAGGAGCUGGGGCAGGUGGAGUUCAUCUUCUCCGACAAGACCGGCACGCUCACGCAGAACAUCAUGCUCUUCAACAAGUGCUCCAUCAACGGCACCAUAUACGGAGAUGUGUAUGAUGACCUCGGCCAUAAAGUGGACAUCACCGAGCGGACGCCGUGUGUGGAUUUCUCCUUCAACCCGCUGAGCGACCCAAAGUUCCGUUUCCAUGACAGCAGCCUGGUGGAGGCGGUCAAGGGGGGCGGGGCUUGUGUGCAGGAGUUCUUCAGACUGCUGGCGCUGUGCCACACUGUUAUGCCAGAGGAGAGGAACGAGGGAGAGCUGGUGUACCAGGCCCAGUCACCUGACGAGGGCGCUCUGGUGACGGCUGCGCGGAACUUUGGGUUUGUGUUCCGGGCCAGAACUCCCGAGACCAUCACGCUGGACGAGAUGGGCCGCUCCGUCACCUACCAGCUCCUCGCCUUCCUGGACUUCAGCAACGUCCGCAAGAGAAUGAGCGUCAUCGUCAGAAACCCAAAGGGUGAGAUCAAGCUGUAUUCCAAAGGAGCGGACACCAUAGUGUUUGAGAGGCUGCACCCCUCUAACCAAGACCUCAUGCACUCUACCUCAGAACACCUCAAUGAGUUUGCGGGCGAGGGCUUGCGGACGCUGGCGCUGGCGUCUAAAGAGCUGGAGGAGGCGGAGUUAGGGGCGUGGCUAAAGAGGCUGCAGGAAGCCAGCACCGUGUUGGAGAACCGCCAGGAACUACUACACCAGCUGUACGAGGAGAUGGAGCGGGACAUGCAGCUGCUGGGCGCCACAGCGGUGGAGGACAAGCUGCAGGAGGGCGUCCCCGAGACCAUCGCCUGCCUGAGCCUGGCCAACAUCAAGAUCUGGGUCCUCACCGGAGACAAGCUCGAGACGGCCAUGAACAUCGGCUACUCGUGCAACAUGCUGCGAGACGACAUGAGCGAGGUGUUCAUCAUCUCAGGACGCUCGUCUCUGGAGGUGGGGCAAGAGCUCAGGCGUGCCAAGGAGCGGAUCCUGGGGCCCAGCUGUGCCAAGCUCAGCGCCGCGGGGAAGUCCCCGUCCUGCAGCAGCGACAGCGUGUUCGAAGAGACCAUCAUCGCCGAGUACGCGCUGGUCAUCAGUGGCCACAGUCUGGCCCAGGCGCUGGAGGUGGAGCUGGAGCAGGUGCUGCUGGACGUGGCGUGUGUGUGCAAGACGGUCAUCUGUUGCCGGGUGACGCCGCUGCAGAAGGCUCAGGUGGUGGAGCUGGUCAAGCUGCACAAGCGCGCCGUCACCCUGGCCAUCGGGGACGGAGCCAACGACGUCAGCAUGAUCAAGACGGCUCACAUUGGCGUGGGCAUCAGCGGUCAGGAGGGCAUGCAGGCGGUGCUGGCGUCCGACUACUCCUUGGGUCAGUUCCGCUACCUGCAGCGCCUCCUGCUGGUCCACGGCCGCUGGUCCUACCACCGCAUGUGCAAGUUCCUCUGCUACUUCUUCUACAAGAACUUCGCCUUCACGCUCGUCCACUUCUGGUUCGGCUUCCUCUGCGGCUUCUCUGCGCAGACGGUGUAUGAUCAGUGGUUCAUCACACUCUACAACAUCGUGUACACAUCUCUGCCAGUCCUUGCCAUGGGCCUGUUCGACCAGGACGUUAACGAGCAGUUCAGCCUGCGGUACCCGUCGCUGUACCGGCCGGGGCAGCUGAACCUGCUGUUCAACAAGCGCAAGUUCUUCAGCUGCAUGCUGCACGGAGUCUUCACCUCCUUCGUGCUCUUCUUCCUCCCCUACACACUCCUCCUCUCCGCCGUGCGCGACGACGGGUCGCUCGUCUCAGACCAGCAGGCCUUCGCCGUCACCAUAGCAACCUCCCUGGUCAUUGUGGUCAGUGUGCAGAUUGGCCUGGACACGAGCUACUGGACGGCGGUCAACCACUUCUUCGUGUGGGGCAGCGUGGUCAUGUACUUGGCCAUCCUGUUCGCCAUGCACAGCGACGGCCUCUUCAGUGUCUUCCCCAGCCAGUUCCCCUACGUGGGAACGGGUCGUAACGUCCUAACACAGAAGAGUGUGUGGCUGAUCGUCCUGCUGACCACGGUGGUGUGUAUCGUGCCCAUGCUGGCCGUGCGCUUCCUCAAGAAAGACCUGCACCCCUCCCUCUCCAACAAGGUGCGCUUGCUGCAGAGGGCCAGCAGGAGGCAGCGUCCCCAGGAGCAGAGUCUGCGGCGCGUGCGUAGGACGAGCUCCCGGCGCUCAGCGUACGCGUUCGCCCACCAGCAGGGCUACGGCGAGCUCAUCACCUCCGGCCGCAACAUGAGGCUCAACGGCUCCGCACACAGCUCCGCCCCCACACACAAGAGCAGCAGCUGGAUUGGCUCAGUCCUCGGGAAAAGGGGCGGCGCCGAGGAGGAGACGGGCAUCGAGGGGACCACUAGAGACGCCACAGACCAUAUUGGGGCCCCUGGAGACGCCACAGACCAUAUUGGGGCCCCUGGAGACGCCACAGACCAUAUUGGGGCCCCUGGAGACGCCACAGACCAUAUUGGGGCCACUAGAGACGCCACAGACCAUAUUGGGGCCACUAGAGACGCCACAGACCAUAUUGGGGCCCCUGCAGGACUGGCGGGAGACCCCACAGACCAUAUUGGGGCCCCUGGAGGACUGGCGGGAGACCCCACAGACCAUAUUGGGGUCCCUGCAGGACUGGCGGGAGACCCCACAGGCAGCACUGUGGUGACAGAGGAGGCUGAGGAGAGUCCAGUAGCAGAGAUUGUAACCUGAUGACCAGAGACACCACAGCACGCUCGAACACACACACACACACACACACACACAUACACAUCAGCUGACACCACAUACAAACACACACACACAUACAUACAUACACACACACACACACACACACACACACAUACACCAACUGACUCAAACUGUGUGAGGCGGUGGUGUGUGAAGUCUCUCAUAAUGUACCUGUGUCCCAAACACACACCUGCAGAAGUGACCAGCACCACAUCACACCGCACAACACAGCACAGCACAGCACAGCACAGCACAGCACAGCACAGCACAGCACAGCACAGCACAGCACAGCACAGCACAGCACAAGGGCACCUCAUAGCACACAGAGACAUUAAAGCAUUUCUAUCUUUCUUAUGAACUUCUGCUUAUCAGAUCACAUCUUCCAUCAGUUCAGUGGCCUACCCGCAGGAGAUUUAUCAAAUCUUUUAUAUUCCAAUAAAUCUCCAAGUUUCCUCUGUAGUGAUGGUACAUGAGCUUGCGUGAUGGUUUCCUCUGUAGUGAUGGUACAUGAGCUUGCGUGAUGACUCUGCUGGCCUGUGCUGUGAGAAUGUUCCAGAAUAUGAAGGUGAAGUACAGAAGUGAAAUGAUGAGAGAACCAGUCUGCACGAGGAGCGGUCGUGUGGCCUGCCUGCUUAGAGUAACAUACACACACACACACACACACACACACACACACACACACACACACACACACACACACACACACACGUGUGGCCUGCCUGCUUACAGUAACGCUGGGAAGAGAGGAGAGGGCUUCCUGCUUAUAGUCACAGAAACGUACACAAAUGCUUUUUUUUCUCCAAAUGGAUUUCAGCGCAUGUGAUGUACAGUAUGUAGCCUUGUGGGUGAGGAUAGUAUAACACUAUACUGUUACUACACAAAAUCAAAACAUUGGGCAUUCUUGUCUAACUGAUUCAGAGAACGUUACCUCAGCCAACAAGAUGAUGGUCUGCCACCUAUACAGUACAUGAUUGUAGGGGACGAAGGUUUCUGGAGCGAAGAACAACCGUGUGCCUUUCACAUCUCCCAGAGAAGCACACACACACACACACACACACACACUUCAUCUCCCAGAGGACCACACACACACACUACAUCUCCCAGAGGACCACACACACACACACACACUACAUCUCCCAGUGAACCACACACAGACACACACUACAUCUCCCAGAGAACCACACACACACACACACACACACACACACACACACACUACAUCUCCCAGAGAACCACACACACACACACACACUACAUCUCCCAGAGGACCACACACACACUCCAUGUGAUCCAUGUUAGGAGCACGCCAGUGCCAUCGGGGUUAUUUUUCCUCAUAUCAUCCCUAUGACACACAAAUGCUACAGGGGCUUUUCCUCCAUAUCAUCCCUAUAAGACAGGAAUGCUAUAGGGGGCGGGGCUUUUCCUCCAUAUCAUCCCUAUAAGACAGGAAUGCUAUAGGGGGCGGGGCUUUUCCUCCAUAUCAUCCCUAUAAGACAGGAAUGCUAUAGGGGGCGGGGCUUCUCCUCAUAUGAUCCCUAUAAGACAGGAAUGCUAUAGGGGGCGGGGCUUCUCCUCAUAUGAUCCCUAUGAGACAGGAAUGCUAUAGGGGGCGGGGCUUCUCCUCAUAUGAUCCCUAUGAGACAGGAAUGCUAUAGGGGGCGGGGCUUCUCCUCAUAUGAUCCCUAUGAGACAGGAAUGCUAUAGGGGGCGGGGCUUCUCCUCAUAUGAUCCCUAUGAGACAUGAAUGCUAUAGGGGGCGGGGUUUUUCCUCCAUAUGACAUGAGGAGCAUGCGAGUGCGGCAGGGCAUUUACUCCAUAUCAUCUGUACGAGACGCGAGUGCCUUUCCCUCCUGUGUGUAUGGAGUACACCCUGGUAGGACAGGGCCGGGGUAGUUCUAGAGCUGGGGUAAUUCUAGAACAGGAGGACAGCAGUAGUUCUAGAGCAGAAGGACAGAGAGAGUUCUAGAGCCUGGGGGACAGAGCUAGAUCUAGAACAUUGGGACAGAGGUGGUUCUAGAGCAGGGGGACAGAGGUCGUUCUAGAACAGGAGGACAGAGUUGGGGGAGUUCUAGAGCAGGGGGGACAGAGGUCGUUCUAGAACAGGAGGACAGCGGUAGUUCUAGAGCAGGGGGACAGAGGUCGUUCUAGAACAGGAGGACAGAGUUGGGGGAGUUCUAGAGCAGGGGGACAGAGGUCGUUCUAGAACAGGAGGACAGAGUUGGGGGAGUUCUAGAGCAGGGGGACAGAGGUCGUUCUAGAGCUUCCAGGCUCCAGCGUCUGGUCUGGGUCUGUCAUUGGCUGAGUAGAAGAGUGCUGGACCCACUGCAGGAGAGGGUUUCAGGUUGAGAUUCACUCAAAGGGAGGCCCAGGAGUUGCUGCUGGUUCAAUUCAAUAGAAGUGUGUUGUGCUCUGCCAUAAGUUCAGAUAUAUGGACACGUCUCCACACGUGUUGAGGACACAACUCCCUUGUCCAUGAGGACGCAGUUAUCAUGCUCCAUAUGUAUUGCCAAUGCUUGAUUUUUGACAUAUUAUGUCUGAAUGUAUGAAGCACACAGACUUAUUUGUCUAACGGAACAUGUAAUGUAAUGUUACCAUGUAAUGACUGCUAUUUUAUUUAUCUGCAUGGACUUCUAUACAAAAUGGUGUGCUUUUUUAUAUUAUGAUGAAAUUCAAAUUAAAUGUGACUUUUUUUAAGUAGAAGAUUUUCCUUUGAUGUUUCCUG